AUGACUGGAAGAAACGACGUUGCGAUCGCUGCUGCAUUAGAGGUUAUGGCUCAGGCUUUGGAACAUCAGUCGGACAUUGGUAAGAAUGUUGGGUAUCGCAGUUUGACUACCUUCCAGAGAGAGAAUCCACCUGUCUUCAAGGGUACUUAUGUUCUUCAUGGCGCUUUGACCUGGCUGAAGGAGAUUGAGAGAAUCUUCUGUGUGAUGGAUUGUACUCCAAAUCAGAAGGUUCGUUAUGGGACGCACAUGCUGGCAGUUGAGGCUAGUUACUGGUGGCUAGAAACUCGUCAAAGGUUGGAGACUACUGGUGAGGAGGUCACUUGGGUUGUGUUACGUAGGGAGUUCCUAAGGAAGUACUUUCCUGAGGAUGUUCGUGGCAAGAAAGAAAAUGAGCUCCUUAAGCUGAAACAAGGAAGUAUGUCAGUUACUGAUUAUGCUACAAAGUUUAGUGAGCUAGCUAAAUUCUAUCAGCAUUAUGAUGGACUAACUGGUGAGUUUUCAAAGUGCAUCAAUGAGAAGCGAGGCAAGAACCACCAGAACCGUGGUAAGCCUUAUGAUGCUCCAGCUGGAAAGGGUAAACAGAAAGUUGCACCUGGCCAGGGGACUAAUGGGGGAGAUUCUCCUGCUGGUGUGGUUUGUCUCAAAUGUGUAACCCUGUUCAUAAGAGUAAUGCAUGUAGUAGAGAAGAAAAGGAGGUGUUUUCGUUGUGGUAAGCUUGGGCAUGAGACGGUGGAUUGUAAUCACAAAGAGGUUAUAUGUUUUAACUCUAAUGAGGAGGGACACAUCAGUACUCAGUGUUCGAAGCCAAAGAAAGAGAUGUCCGACGAGAAAGUGUUUGCUUUGUCUGGGACUCAGACCACUAAUAAGGACAAGCUCAUCAGAGGUUAUUAG